AUGCGUCUUUCUCUCGUAUGUCUCGGCCUAGCUGGUGUUGCUGUCAGCAGCCCGCUUCUGGAUCACGCAGUGAGGGAUCUCCCAGACGCACCAACUCAGUCGACACGUCUCGUCCCCCGUUCCUACACCCGCCAUGAGAAGCACCAGCGCCACCACCUGACCGGGUGGAAGCGCGCGGAGCGCCCCAGGCCGGACCAGAAGCUGCCCAUGCGCAUCGGCCUCAAGCAGUCCAACCUCGACCGGGGCCACGACAUGCUCAUGGACAUUGCGAGCCCGGACUCGCCCAACUACGGCAGACACCUGACGGUCGACCAGGUCACGGACCUGUUCGCCCCCGCGGCCGAGAGCGUCGACGCCGUCAGGCACUGGCUGACCUCUGCGGGCGUCGACGCCAGGCGCAUCACCCAGUCGACCAACAAGCAAUGGCUGCAGUUCGUCGCGUCGGUCGAGGAGGCGGAGCGCCUACUUUUUGCCGACUAUCACCUGUACGAGCACCUCGAGUCCGGGCUCAAGACGGUCGCCUGUGCCGACUAUCACCUGCCCAAAAACGUGAGCGAGCACGUCGACUACGUCACGCCUGGGAUCAAGCUCGGAUCGUACGGUUUCCACGAGCUAGCGAUGAAGCAGAAGCGCAGCAUGGAGUACAAGAAAGGGAUGAAAGCGAAGCGCAGGUUUCAGCAGAAGCAGUCGUCUCCUGGCCUAGAGUAUGACGCCGUGCUUGUCCAGCAGAAGCAAACUGCCCUGCCGACGAAUUGCGAUGCGUUGGUCAGGCCGAAGUACCAAUACGGAUUGCCCAACAUCACUAACCCUCAGCCUGGCAACGAACUCGGCUGUUUCCAGGCACUGAACCAGCAUUAUCACCAACCUGACCUGGACAUGUUUUACCGAAAUGUUGCACCGCAUAUCCCCAAGGGGACGCAUCCUGAGCUCCGAGCCAUCAACGGCGGUACUGGCCCGACUGACAAGGUGGAUGACGCCGGUGUUGAGGCAGACCUAGAUCUGCAGGUCAUCAUUCCCCUGAUCCACCCUCAGAAGGCAGUCCUCUUCCAGACCGACGACGACUGGUAUGGUGUCAACCAGCAGCGUGGAGACACUGACUACCCCGGCUUUUUCAACACCCUCUUCGACGCCAUCGACGGCAGCUAUUGCACCUUCGAGGCCUUCAACCAGACCGGCAACUGCAAGACCUGGGACUGCCGCGACCCAGAGUACCCCAACAAGAACGACGGCGGCUACAAGGGCGAGCUCAUGUGCGGCGUCUACAAGCCGACCAACGUCAUCGCCAUCUCGUACAGCGGCGUCGAGAACUUCUACCCGCAGCCGUACCUCAAGCGGCAGUGCAUGGAGGUCAUGAAGCUCGGCCUGCAGGGCACGACCAUUAUCGAGUCGUCGGGCGACCACGGCGUCGGCGGCUCCCGGCUCGACCCCCAGGCCGGCUGCCUGGGCGAGGACGCGCGCAUCUUCGCGCCCCGCACCAUGUCCAACUGCCCGUACGUGCUGUCGGUCGGCGCCACCAUGCUCGUCAACGACACGGCGAGGCCCGGCAAGUACCGCGAGACUGGGACGACGUCGUUCGCCUCCGGCGGCGGCUUCUCCAACGUGUUUGACGCGCCCGAGUGGCAGACCAAGCACAUCACCAGCUACCUGAGCACGGCGAACCUCAGCUUCACCGGUUACAACCUGAGCACGGGCGACGACUCCAUCUUCCCGGCGCCCAACGAGCUCUUCAACAGGGCGGGCCGCGGCUACCCCGACGUCUCGGCCGUCGGCGACAACAUGCUGGUCGUGUAUCAGCUCGGUGGUGCCUCGGUCAAGGGAACGUCUGUGGCCGUGCCCAUCUGGGGGUCGGUGCUGACCAUGGUCAACGAGGAGAGGCUGGCGGCGAAUAAGACACCCGUUGGCUUUGUCCACAAGGUUCUGUACGAACACCCCGAGGUCUUUACCGAUAUCAAAGAAGGUGCGAACCCAGGAUGUGGCAGCGGAGGUUUCAAGGUCAAGGAGGGCUGGGAUCCAGUCACAGGACUUGGUUCACCCCAGUACGACAAACUUGUCAAGCUAUUUCUGAGCUUGCCUUGA